GAAUCAACUCACUCACAACACUGAGCAGCCUCCCCCGCAAAUUGACUCCGUAGGACCCAUUGAAGGGGAGAAGAUAAAUAUUGAACCUUUGGCGGAGCUGUUGGGUGUCACGGUAUGACGUCCGUCCGCUUCUUGCACGUAGUACUAUGUUUGGUAAUCGUACGUCCGUUUCUUGUACCGGCACCUCUGCCACCGGUAGCUACCAGUGUCUUGUCAUUCGUUAUCUCCUUCGACCACGUGCUACGUACUGUACAGUUUCACCUUCGACACUCAGCCACAGAUUCGCCAUGUUCGUAUAUCAGUAGCGCCGUUCGCGUCGUCUCACCUCAGCAUUGUCCUAACAUUACGCCGAGAUUCACUCCGUUCUAGCCUCGUACAGGAGCUGCCGCCAGAGAUGUAAGUAUCUCUCUUCCACGGGUAGUAUAAGUCGAACAGAUAUGGCCACGGCUCGGAGGAGGAACGAGGGAAGCUCAUCGCAACGACGGUCUUCGGAUUUCUGUUAUAUUUCCUGACAGCAUGUUGCGCAUUGACACGAUGACAACACAUGCGUCGCACCGAGUUGGGCAUGGAACUUCAUCCAGGUCAUUUGUCUGGUGCUCGAGUCUGCCAAAAGUUACUAUAAUCCUUCAUUGCACGCCGUGCGGAACCUGGACGUGGGCAGGGAGAUUUACUCACGAAUGAGGUCAUC